AUGCUCUCCGCAGUGGGGCCCAAGAGGAACUCUUUGAAAGCACAGGACGGCGGUGGUGGAGCGCGAGGGUUACCGGAAACCAUGUCAAUUGCCGUGGAGAUUCGCCGGAACUGUUUGAAAGUGAAGCGUGUGACGAGGCCAUUGAAAGCUGAAACGGAAGAUGAAGGAAUACGGACGGUCUCGCCGGAGAUCGGCAGCGUGUACCGUCGUGAUCUGGCGAGAAGGACGAUUUAG